AUGGCGGAUACGGCGCAUACUGCAGAUGCUGCCCAGCUGCACGGUUCGCAGCCGCCGUCUGCGCAGUUUGCUACGCCGACUAUUCCAGUAUCGACCGAUGCUAUCCAGGGCGAUGCGCCUCGGCCUCCUGCGGACAAUCCGUCCAGCUUGUUCACGCAUGCAUCCCAUCCCAACAUCACACGGAGUGCAUCGCUACUUAUCUCGAAAAGCCUGAUCGAACAGAGCCCCAUGCAGGCUGCGGGCGCGCUCAUUACGCUCCUCAGCAACUCCUCUCCCGUCGAUCCACUCGUACUGCAUCCCACGACCCCAGAUGAGCGACUCACAGUCGUCCAGCUCAUGCGCCGAUUCGGCACGCCAGCGUACUUUACGAGCUUUGCGCAAGACAUUCGAGGGCGGGCGAUCCUCGCCGCAUGGCUCAGCGAUGCCACACCGCCGCGGAAAGCCGAGGUAGAGGACCAGAGCGAGCGGUUCAAAGACGUGCUCGUCCCGGUAUUGGAGUUGCUCCAAGUAUUGCCUAUUCAGCUGGAGCAUUUGAAGGACCACAUCGGGCUGGGAAAGCUUAUCACCGGCACGCAAAAAAGAGCACGGAGUGAGCAAGCUAGGUCGCUCGCAGACGCAAUCAAGGAUAAAUGGAGCGCGCUGGUGUCGGUCAGGCCGUCGCCGCCCGCGCCGCAGCGCGCCGCAACGCCACCCACAUCUACAAAACGGGUUGCUGCUUCUGCACCCACUACGGACACCGCAAAGCGGCCUAAAAGUACGUCUGCACAAGCGGCACGCCCCCCAAACACCCUAUUGUCCUCGUCGACCAACGCGCGUGCUUCUGCAGCGACAGAGCGGCGAAGCUCGCCGCAAAUUCACGAUGUGCCUGCCAAAGCGCCGGUCGCACGAACCACCGCGGCUUUGGAGCCGAAGCGCAACACUCGCACGGCAGCCAAGACGAACAACAACGCCUCUAAAGACCUUGCGAGUUUCAUGUCCUUGAUCGACCAGCCGCAAGCGCCCAUGAGCCACGCCAAACCGGAAGCCUCUGCACACGCGCAGGUCCAGCGGAAACGCAAAAAGGCUGUGCACUGGAAGGACCACGAUGGAAUGGCGCUUGUAUCGAUCAAGCUCAUCGAGCCAGCUGUGUACGACGACGAAAUGUACCAUGGCGCAAAAGGUGUCGGUGCGCUGGAUAUGGAAGAAGGCGGCGCUUUCCGCCAGGCACACGCCGAAAUGGAUGAGCAGAUUGACUGGUACACCCCAGUAGAACCAUACCUGCCCGACCCCCCCUCUGGGCCUCUGCCCGAGCGCGGUUCGGAAAGCGAUACCAAGGAAGCGCAAGAAGAGCGCGAGCAUGCGGUCGAGGAAGCCGUCUAUCCUACCGCUGCAGCGAUUCCCCCCACGCCAGAGGAGCCAGAGGAAAUUGUUUUAUCGUUUGCUAGCAUGGCGCCGCCGCCGGCCUCCAUGACGACCGGUACGGAAAUUGCGCCAUUCCCCGCGCGAUCAACGUCGCCCUUGCCUGCUACAGAGACUAUGGUACCGCCCGUGCCGCCCCCUGAAUUCAUGGCAAUGAUGGCCCAAAUGGCUGCUAUGCAGGGCGGCCCAGAUAUGCCGCCGUGGAUCGCAGCUGGCGGACCGCCCAUGCCGCCGUUUGAUCCUAGCAUGAUGCAAUCCUUUAUGCAAGCCAUGCCAGGGCCAGAUAUGCCGAUGCCGAUGCCCAUGGGCGGUGCCAUGCCUGGCUUCCCCUUUCCUAUGCCGCCGCCCGAGAUGAUGGCACAAAUGGGCAUGCCGUUCCCAGAACAUGCCGAGGAGAACGGCCGAGGGGCGAGAUAA